UGAUGGCUGUUAACCUAUUACAUUCCAAGUGCUGUGCGGUAAGAAAGGAUAUGAGAGGUUUACUGACCCAGCAGGGAUGGGUUUACAAAUCAAUUUUUGCUUGUGGCCUUUCUUUGAAUUUGAAGAUGCCUCUUAAACAAAAAAACACAGUGAUUUUACAAUCGUACUCGAUCGUUAUAACACUAGCCACGAGAUAUUUUCAACUGCAAAACGUCUGGAACAUUGGAAGAGUAGCAAAUG